GGAAGUGGCUGCGUUUGAGGUUUGGAAUUGGAGAAAACGGGAUUCCGGUAGGCAGGCGGUGGAGUGUUUUCCGCGGCGGUCCCGCAGGCGGGAGCGGUUACAGCAUUGUUUGCUGAGUCUCAUCUUUCUAUUGGAACUUGUGCCAUUGUUGUAGGCCAUGGCAGGUCGACGUCCUAAUGGGCCAACUAUAGGCAAGAUCUGUCAGUUUAAAUUGGUGCUCCUGGGAGAGUCAGCUGUUGGGAAAUCAAGCCUUGUCUUACGCUUUGUAAAAGGACAGUUUCAUGAGUAUCAAGAGAGCACAAUCGGAGCUGCUUUCCUCACACAGACCAUUUGCUUAGAUGAUACAACAGUCAAGUUUGAAAUCUGGGAUACAGCUGGACAGGAGCGCUACCACAGCUUGGCCCCCAUGUAUUACCGAGGGGCACAAGCUGCCAUAGUUGUUUAUGACAUCACUAAUAUGGAUACAUUUGUGCGUGCCAAGAAUUGGGUGAAGGAACUGCAAAGGCAAGCUAGUGCUAGCAUCGUCAUUGCCCUGGCAGGGAAUAAGGCUGACCUGGCCAGCAAACGAGCUGUUGACUUCCAGGAAGCCCAGAUCUAUGCAGAGGACAACAGCUUGCUGUUUAUGGAAACAUCAGCGAAGACAGCAAUGAAUGUGAAUGAGGCUUUUGUGGCAAUAGCAAAGAAACUUCCCAGGAAUGAACCACAGAGUGCAACAGGAACAGCAGGCAAGAAUCUAAAUGUCAGCCUCCAGGAGAGUACCCAAUCCAGCAAGGGGCAAUGUUGCAGCCACUAAGGAUUCCUGUCUGGCAGCUCAAGUUGGAAUGUGUCUGAAUCAAUUGCACGUACAGAAGACCAGCUGCCAGGAUCUUUUUCCUUUCUCCUCCUCCAUUGAGAUUUUUUUUUUCCUCAUAGAAUGGGGAAGGGGAGCAUAGCAGAGGCCAUUCCUCUUCUGAACAAACAAUAGAUUUGUUUUUUUAAAGAAGCCUUUUUUAAAAUACAGAUGAACAAUGGCACUCUUCUACAUCUUUGUGGGUGGACAAUGUGUGCUUUCAAAACCUUGAUCCCUCUUCCUUUCUGCCUUUUAUCUUCUGAAGGGAUUUAUACUCUUGCAUUUGCUCAGAGCUCCAUGGAAGAAGGGACAUCCUUUCCUGAGACAAAAUAUGUCUAUAACAUCUGCUUGGUGGUUCUUUAGGGCUGUACCCUAAAGAAAAAUAGAAGUUAUAGCCAGGGGAGGUUACAUAAAAUAGGAAUGAGUUGCAGAAAUAUUAUGCACAUUUUUCUUUGAAAGUUUGGUUCAGAAAUGACAUACAAGCCUGUAAAAGACUAUGUUACAGAAACCUGAAGGUAACAGUGAUUUGAAGCUGUAGUAUUGAUAGAUAGAAAAAAACCCAGUGGUGGGAUUCAGCCAGUUUGCACCCCUUCGGGAGAACCGGUUGUUAACUUUCUGAACAGUUUGGCAAACUGGUUGUUGGAAGAAAUCAUUAGGGCAGAGAACCGGUUGUUAAAAUUACUUGAAUCCCAUCACUGGAAAAACCCAUAGCCUCUAAGCUUUGUAUUGACCAAAUUUGUAAUUAUGAAUGUUUUUGAAGAACAAUAGAAACCUAAUUUUCCUCUUUUGUAUUAUAGUUUCCAGCAUUUAACAAAUCAGUAUCUUUUAAUAACAUAUACCAAUUAGUCCUUUAUCCUUCUUAGGUUUCACUGGACUUUUGGUAUGCCAAAUUUACAUUAACCUAUUAUUUACAUAUUGGAUGUAAUGCACUAAUUCAGCCUGUUAAAUAUAUAAAAUGAUCAUUUUUUACAAGUAACAUUAUGCUAUUAGUAACCCUAUCAGGAUGUUGGGUGUGUCAGUGAAACAGGUUGGUAGAGUGUAUUCAAGCUGGGGAGGGGAGCAAUGAUAGGUAUUUUCAUAUACACAACAUUACCAAUAUUGGUAAUGCAAAAGGGGUUUUGUUUCUGAGCUAGUGUCCAGGGCAAUUUUUGUCUUAUGCAUAUUUGUAUUUAAGACUGUACAUCAGUAUCUUCAAGGCAAAGCUCCAGUUGUGUAUGAGUUAAAAAAUAAAUUUUUAUAAAUCAA